AUUUUAGUGUAGGUAUGUUGCAAAUGCUCGAAAAUGUCUAAUUUAACUGAAAGCCAUCCCGAAUUAUUGCAUACUUCUCCAAGGGCGGGAGGCAUAAUUAAUAUCGAAGUUCCAGAUAAUUUAAAAGAAGACAUAUACAAAAAACCGGCGGACAAAUCAACUAAAUAUUCUAGGUCAUGGGCUCCUUCAAGAAACAUUGCAAAUAAGGGUUCUUUUGUGUCUAAACAAUCAUCUAGAUUUGCAAAACCCAGUUUGUAUACGUCCACCCCUGACCAUACCACCAGAAAUUAUAGAAUCCAUGCUGCUUUAGAUACAACACCAUGGAUACUUUUUGAUGAGUCAUGUGUCCAGGACGAAAAACCUCAACUUGCGAACCCUGUUCAAGAAACUAUCAACAUCUUAGCAAUCGUUAUUUCUACCGUUAUGCUGUUGGCAGCUGGAUACAGUGAUAUUCCAAAGGAACAUAUAAGAUGGACUAAGAGUUAUCUUGAACUUAUCAAAGAUGAACGAGGGAGUAAUCCUCCUAAUGUUACCGGUAUUUUAAAUCACUUGAAUAUGUUAUACGGUGAUAUAGAAUCGUAUAAUGUACUCGGAGAGGUAGAAGAUGAAAAUGAAGCAGAACUUAAAACAAAUGUAUUGACUGAAGAUGUAUCAUAGUAAUUAUAGGUCUUGUUUCAAGUUACAUUUUUGGUUCCAACGCCUUCUCUCUCAAGUGUGAUCUAUCAAACUAAAAGAUGAUAUUUUUUAACUGUAAUGAUAUUUUGAAUUACCUCAAGUCUAGCAAAACAAUAAAUGAAUCUAUCAACUAGUUUCAGAAAUGUUUUAUUAUAUGGAAUGGAAUGUAUGUAUAUGUAUA